GUGUGCUUGCACCUCUUCUCACUUCAGACCCGGACACGACUUCACACGCACAGACAAAGUACAGAUGCUGGAAUCUUUGAGUUGAUUGGAACAAAUAGAAAGCAGGGAAGAGAAAAAAAAACGACGAGAUAAAGGAAGAGUGAAGAAAGGGAAGGAGAAGAAGAAGACGACGAGAGAGAAAGAGGAAGAAAGAGAAGAAAGCAUAAAGUUUUUCGAGAAAGAGGAGAGAGAAAAGAGACGGGGACGAUGGGGAGGAAAAAGAUUCAGAUCACGCGGAUUAUGGAUGAACGCAACAGACAGGUGACAUUUACAAAGCGAAAGUUUGGCCUGAUGAAGAAGGCGUACGAGCUGAGCGUGCUGUGCGACUGUGAGAUCGCCCUGAUCAUCUUCAACAGCACCAACAAGCUGUUCCAGUACGCCAGCACAGACAUGGACAAGGUUCUGCUGAAAUACACCGAGUACAACGAGCCCCACGAGAGCAGGACCAACUCUGAUAUUGUGGAGACAUUGAGAAAGAAGGGCCUAAACGGCUGUGACAGCCCAGACCCCGACGCAGACGACUCGGUCGGCCAUAGCCCCGAGUCCGAGGACAAGUACAGGAAAAUAAACGAGGACAUUGAUCUGAUGAUCAGCAGACAGAGACUGUGUCAGGCCGUGCCCCCAUCAGGCUACGACAUGCCUGUGUCCAUUCCCGUCAACAACCAGAACAAUCUCAUUUACAGCCAUCCCGGUGGUUCCCUAGGCAACCACAACCUGUUGCCACUGGCACACCAUGGCCUACAGAGAAACAGCAUGUCUCCUGGAGUCACACACAGACCCCCCAGUGCAGGUGGCCUCAUGGGUGCUGACCUCACCACUGGCGCAGGCACCAGUGCUGGAAACGGAUAUGGGAACCACCGCAACUCGCCUGGUCUGCUGGUCUCUCCGGGCGGCAUGAACAAGAACAUGCAGGCAAAGUCUCCCCCGCCCAUGAACUUGGGCAUGAACAAUCGCAAACCAGACCUACGUGUGCUCAUCCCUCCCGGCGCCAAGAACAACAUGCCCUCCAUCAACCAGAGAAUAAACAACUCUCAGUCGGCUCAGUCACUGGCCACCCCGGUGGUAUCAGUAGCAACUCCCACUCUACCAGGACAAGGCAUGGGGGGUUACCCGUCUGCCAUCUCUACUUCUUAUGGUACCGAGUAUUCCCUGAAUAGUGCAGAUCUGUCCUCUCUGACCGGCUUCAACAGCGGCAGCUCCCUUCACCUUGGCUCCAUGAGUGGGUGGCAGCAGCAACACCUUCAGAACAUGCAGCAUUCAGCCCUCGGCCAGCUAGGAAAUUGCUCUAACUCUCACUUGUGUCAGGGCUCAAAUCUGUCCCUGCCCUCUGCUCAAAGCCUGCACAUCAAGUCCGAACCGGUUUCUCCUCCCAGAGAUCGCACCAGCAGCACGGGGGGCUACGGCGGCGGGGUACCACCUCCCCACAACAACUCGUCCCGCCAGGACUCGGGCCGCUCCCCGGUCGAUAGCCUGAGCAGCUGUAGCAGCUCCCACGAGGGCAGCGACCGCGACGAGCACCGGAACGAGUUCCACUCUCCUCUGGGACUGUCCCGGCCCGCCAUGGAUGAACGCGAGAGCCCCUCCAUCAAGCGGGUGCGCCUGUCAGAGGGAUGGGCCACAUGAUAGCCCUGUCCUCUCUCCCUUGCCCCGAGUUGCCCCGCCCCCCCGACAACGCAUCGUCACAGAGCCCCCAAAGUCAGCUCCCUCCUCUUCCUCCUCUCACCUUACGUGACGAGUCACUCACCGCCCGACCCCAUGGCCCCCCCCCCCUUUUAUCUCUUCAACGCUGAAGGAAAGAGAAGGGACGACCCUUUUCAAAAAUCUGUUUGUAAUUUCUUUUUCCCUUUCUUUUUCUUUUUGCUGAGUGCGUGUGUGUGCGUGUGUGUGUGUG